AUGCCUUCAUCUUUCAGCUUUUCAGCUCGGAAUCAAUUCAUCCACACCAGCCCCUCUCUUGGCUACCAGCUUCUUCCUCUAUCUCCAAAGCCAGAGAGAAUCUUCCAGCUCUCCAGGCAGAGAGCCCCCUUUCCUGUGGAGCUUAAGAUUAAAACUGAGGACCUGAGUGACUCUCUGCAUCAGGCUCUCACCUCACCUCACCACCGGCCAUGCCACCUGGCACAGGGACCUGGUGUGAUGUCAGGAAACCAGAUGUCUGGGGAUAUGACCUCCCUGAGGCCUAUCCAGCAGCUCAUGCUGGUCCCCAGCCACCUACAGUCGGUUUCCCAAUUCUUGCUCUCUCAGAGCCAGCCUGGGCAGCAAGGUCUGCAGCCCAACCUCCUUCCCUUCCCGCAGCAGCAAAAUCAUCUCCUCCUCCCACAGGCAGGGCCUGGUCUGGCGUCACAGGCUGUUGGGCGCCCAGGACUGCCUGGAUCCUCCUUAGAGCCCCAUCUCGAAGCACCCCAACAUCUCCCAGUGCCCAAGCACCUCCCCAGCUCCGGAGGUACAGAUGAACCCAACGACCUUGAGGAGCUGGAGAAGUUCGCCAAGACCUUCAAGCAGCGGCGCAUCAAGUUGGGGUUCACUCAGGGAGAUGUGGGGCUCGCCAUGGGGAAGCUUUAUGGCAACGACUUCAGCCAAACGACCAUUUCGAGGUUCGAGGCGCUUAAUCUGAGCUUCAAGAACAUGUGCAAGCUAAAACCGCUGUUGGAGAAGUGGCUCAACGAUGCAGAGUCUUCUCCCUCGGACCCCUCAGUCAGCUCCCCCACCUCCUUCCCCUCCCUCAAUGAGGUGUUCGGGAGGAAGCGGAAGAAGCGGACCAGCAUUGAGACCAACAUCCGCCUGACUCUGGAGAAGAGAUUUCAAGAUAACCCCAAGCCCAGCUCCGAGGAGAUCUCUCUGAUCGCAGAGCAGCUGUCCAUGGAGAAGGAGGUGGUGAGGGUCUGGUUCUGCAACCGGCGUCAGAAGGAGAAGCGGAUCAACUGCCCGGUGGCUGCACCCCUCAAGUCUCCCAUCUAUGGCUCCCGGCUGGUGUCUCCGGCUGGAUCCCUGGCCCCCCUCCCUGUCCCUCCUGUCCACAGCACCUUGCCAGGAACAGUCACGUCCUCCUGCUCCCCUGGGCACCACAGCAGAUCCUCCUCUCCCAACUCCAGCCUUCAUACCAGCAGCCCCACAGCCUCACAGAACAGCGCCAAGGCUGCUCUGAACUCACCCUCCAGUUUUAACUCUUCAGGAUCUUGGUACCGAUGGAAUCACCCCACCUACCUCCACUAA